AUGAAUGAGAUCCCCAGCCAGACCCCCACGGCCCUUUUGACAACCGACCGCGCCAUGCGGAUCGACAGGGCGACGACAAAUACCAACAACUCCACCCAUUCGGCCGCUAUUCACCAUCCAGUCCUGGACAAAGCCAGCUCCGAACGGCUCUCGCACAAGGCCGACGAGUCCCAAGCCACCAAAGAAAAGCUUACAAAUGCCGCGAAGACGCUCCACGUGCUGAUAUGGUUCGUCAAAGACCAGUGGUUCCUCCUCGCCAUGGGCGCAGUCGUCCUGGUGUCGUCCCAAGUCCAAGUGCCCGCUUCACAACAGCGGAUUAAGCGCACACUAAUCACCUACCUGGCUGUCUCCGUCAUCUUCUUUAUCAAUGGCUGCACCCUCGACACCCGGGUCAUGCUCGCCAACUAUAUGCGCUGGAAGCUGCACAUCUUCGUCCAACUCCAGUGCUACCUCGUCUGCUCCGCUGCCACCUUUGCCAUUGUCAGUUUGUGCGCCACCAAUCCCCGCUUCAUGGACCCAUGGCUCCUCAUCGGCUUCUUGUUCGUGGGCAGCGCGCCGACUACCAUGUCUAGCAACGUUGUCAUGACGCGCCAAGCCCAUGGCAACGCCGCCCUGACUGUCGUCCAAUCUGUAAUCGGCCAGUUUCUCUGCCCCUUUCUGACUCCAAUCAUACUCCAAAUGUACCUGUCUACCGGGUCGUGGUACAGUAAGGUGUUGCAGCGCGGAUCUAGCUACGCGAGCAUCUACCAACGUGUCUUUAUGCAACUUGGUCUCUCGCUUUUUCUGCCCAUGCUUCUCGGCCAGAUCGUGCAGCGCUUGUUUCCCAGGACGACGAAAAAAGUCUUUUUCGACUGGAAACUGCUCAAGCUGUCUUCGAUUGCCCUGUUGACCAUGGUUUGGCAGACAUUCGACCAAGCCUUUUCGUCGGGUGCCUUUGAAGCGGUCAAAUCCUCCAAUAUCGUCUUCAUUGUCUUCAUCACCAUUGCACUCUACAUGAUCUGGUCAGCCAUCUGCUUCACAGCUGCUUCGCUCUGGCUACCGAAAAAAGAUGUCAUCGCUUGCUGCUAUUGCUGCCCCGCUAAAGCGCUGGCAAUGGUAGUUCCGCUUACAUCAGUCAUGUACAUCAACAUCGAUCCUGUCAAUCAGUCCAAGAUGCAGAUCCCAGCAAUCAUCUUUCAGGCCUUCCAGGUUGCCAUUGGAGGUAUCAUGACUAUCGGCUUUCGCAAGUGGAUAAGGCCAGAAGAAGAGAGGGAGGAGGCGGAGAAGCUAGUCGAGGCAGGGGUUAGAAAUUGA